UGCGAGUGCUCCUCCUCGGCCGGGAAGCUCCAUCGCACCUCGACCACCUCGGGACUCGUCUGCAACAUGACCACUGUGCUGUGGCCAGCCAUCACGCCGGAAAACCUGGUCAAAGAAGAAGAAGCCACACUGACGCGUGAGCUCGAAUGCCUGCUCGCCUCCUUGCAAGACACCCUCCGCAGCUUGAAGCAUGGUCUGGAGGAGUGUGCCGAGCUGCUUGCCCCCAAAGAGCCUGGCUCGACAUUGGUGCUGUCGUCGCUGCGCUCGGAAAACCUCAAAGGCUUCAUCACCAGAGUGGGCGCCAGGAUCGUGAAGGGUGACAUCCAGCUCCGACUGCCAUCGCUGCCUCCGCCCAAGGGGCACAGCAACUACAAGCUGUCCGUGUCCAGUCUACCUACCGCCGCCACUAUCGUUCUCUCACAGCUUACCACGACGCGCACGCUAAUCAACGCCUGUCUGGAUGUGGUGGACGCGACGCAAUGGACAGGCGACAGCAAGAAUGCCAAUUUCAUCUCAGGCCAACUACGUCUGCUCCAUGACAACAUACAGGAAGCGAAGUCUGCCCUGAAGGGAUGGACACAGAAUCAGAAAUCAUGGCACGAGGAGCCGAUCGAUGAGAAUGCCUUCAAUCCACCGCUGCCUGCGAACGUCUCGCUCCAUAUUUCUGUCUCCGAAGCCGCAGUCCUACUGUUUGUUCGCACGCUCGAACUUGCCUACCCGAACACAGGCACGAACACACCAUUAUCGCUAAGUACGCCGUCCGGUGGAGCAUCUUACAGCGGAUUCUCGUUGCGCGAGCGCUUGGGAGCCGUACUUGGAGGCGGCGUGAAGGCAUUCCACGACGAAGCGCAUGAGGUCUUCACAUACAAAGGGCAGGAAGUUCGCGUGAGAGAGAAGGUCAGAGUUGAGUCGCAAGACCCAAGUCUAAUGGCUGCCAUGGCGAAGCUGGCUGCACUCGAGCGCACUGUGGCUCUUUCGCGACGUGCUCUGGGCGUGGUCAUGGGUCAAGAGCAUGAGGAGGGCUGA